GUUUGUGUGCGUUUGUGUGGGGAGGGCGUUUGCAGGAAAGGUUACCGAGAGCUUCUUGGCCGCUGGGGGGCAGGGAUCCCGGUGACAAAGAUGGGAGUAUUUUCUCUGUCUUCCACUUGGAAGCCUCAACCUCCCCUUCAGGCACUUUAGAUACUUUUGGGGCCCAGUCGACGGCCGUACCCGUCCAAAGCGUCCCCAUUGGGAGCGAAUCCCAAUCCCCGGGUCCGUCCCAGGGGAGCGUGAGCGGGGAAUGCCCCGGCCAACCCGGGCGUCCGGAUUCCUCACCCGCACAGCCUCCGGCCUCAGUCCUGACAGAUAUCUUGCCGGUGGGUCUGGGCUGAGGGAAAGGCAGCCGUGGCCUGGGGCACGGGUGAGGGCAGAAUAACCGGUAGGAAGGCUGCGUUUUCACGAAGGACUCGGGUGAAGCUGCAGAGCUGCCUUUGAGCACUGACUCCUGGGCUUCCUGGGUCGGAGGAGAUCUUGUAAUGGAGUGGUUCUUCGUCUCACAGUAACAAGAUGCCUGAUUUCCUCAGGAUCGAGGGAUUGAAGAAUGUCCCGGGUUCCACUUGGGAAAGUCCUCCUCAGGAAUGUCAUCCGGCACACAGAUGCUCACAAUAAGAUUCAGGAGGAAUCAGACAUGUGGAAAAUAAGAGAACUUGAGAAACAGAUGGAAGAUGCUUACCGGGGAACUAAAAGAAAAAUGUUACCUAGCAGCUCAAGCCGGAUGCGUAGUGAUGGUUUUGAUGAAGAAAGUCAAAGAGACAAUUGGAGGCCAAGGAAUGAAAUUUCUGGGGCACUGGAAGAUGAUUUUCUUAAGGCUAAAUCCUGGAACAAGAAGUUAUAUGAUUAUGAAGCUAAUAUGCCAGACAGAUGGGGUCACAGUGGUUAUAAAGAGCUAUACCCUGAAGAAUUUGAAACAGACAGUGAUCAGCAAGAUAUUACCAAUGGAAAAAAAAGAUCUCCCCAGGUAAAAUCAUCUACCCAUGAAUCUCACAAACAUAAGAAGUCAAAGAAAUCUCACAAAAAAAAGCAGAAAAAAAAGUCACACAAAAAACAGAAGAAAAGCAAAAAGGAAGCCACAGGUAUAAUGGCAGAUUCCUCGAACGAGUUCUCAGAAGAAACUGGGGCUUCUAGUACCAGGAAACAACCACAUAAGCAUAAGAAAAAAUCAAGGAAAAAGUCUCUUAAAAAAUCUGCUUUGGUUUUAGAGGCAGAAAGUGACACUUCUCAGUCAGAUGAUUCUGCAUCCAGCAGUUCUGAGGAAAGUAAGGAAAGAGACACUAAGAAAACCAAAAGGGAAAAGAGAGAUAAAGUCAAUAUCCCUGUAGUUAGCAAUGAAAAACAGGAGAGGACAAACAGACGCACAAAUUGGAAAGUGGCUACAGAUGAGAGGUCUGCUGAGAGUUCAGAGGAUGACUAAAUGAGAAAUGUUCUUCAGUUUCCACAUGACGCGGAUAUUUACAGCUCUUGCACCUUGGGGCUUUGUCGGUGACUCUGUUAUUCAUGGGCCCUGAGAUUAGAGCUGUCCUGUGCCAUUUAUAUACAUUUUCACAGACUUGUCUUCUAUUUUGGCCUGUUAAACUUGAUCCUUGUGGUUAAUAGGGAAUCUGGUAUUUUGUUAUGAAGGUUUCUUGAAGAGAUUAUUUUUUGCAGUUAAUUACAUUGAGCAUAGAGUACGUAUACAGCAAAUUAAAGAACCCAGAAAGCAGAAUCCAGUAAUGACCUGGUUCACCAAUUAGAAUGUUGAGUCUGGGAAAAUCAAGGGCUGGGAUCAAGAGAUGGAUUGGAACCAGUGCUGUGCACAAUGUAUGAUAAGGGAACAUCGUGUUGCUCUCGUUUGGUUUAUAUAGCCGGUGCCAGUUGACUUUGUCUUAGCCUUGGUGCUUUGAUCUUUCUGUAUUUUGGCCUCAUGUGUGUGGUCAUUUAUUUAAUGGGGAAAUGAACAUAAGAACAAACAUUUUUCCCUUCAUAACAUCCAUAGACAGCUAUUAGAAGAAACUAGGGAUUUCUGUCAAAUUUCCCUGCUGGACAGGGACUGUGGCUAUUCUAAGUAUACCCAUAAACAUGGUAAUUGGAUAGUAAAUGGUUUAACAGUUCAGUUGCUGUAUAUUGCCUAAGUGGACUUGGUUUCAAAAAUUGAUUCUUUUAGGUAAGUCCUCAACAAGUGGGGAAUUAAGAAUUAGUUAUGCUAAUGGUGCGCUGAACAGGCUUCAGGGCAGCAUCUGCCAUUUAAAUGUCUUCCUUACUCAUUUCUAAAUCUAUUAAUGAACUUCAGAUUUUCCCUGAAACUAGGUUGAAUCAAAUCCAAAAUGAAAUAGACUUCUCAGGGACCUAUCUACUUUCCAGCCUGCCUUUGGAUUAAAGCACCAAGCAGAGACCAUAUUAUUUCCCUUUUACUAUAUGCUGUAAUCCCUACUACGUUAAUUCUAAGAAACCAAAAUAACACUGAAAGGCUUGCAGAACACAAAUUAAUUUUUCAUUAUGGCGGAUCAAGUGACAUACUGCUUUUCCUGGUUGUCACUUCAUGGGCUGACUCAACUCUUGGUCUUGGUUCUGCCAGUAGUUGGUUAUGAGGUCUGAGAGUGGGUAAAUUAACCUCCCUGACCGACCUUUUAACCCCAUGUUAAUACACAAAAUACUUCAUGGUGACAUGACAGUGUAAGACACCAGCAAUAGAAUUAUAAUUAUGACAUCAUUCCAUGGUGGUAGUAUUUUAUAGUUCUAACCGCUAAAUUUGUUCUUUACAGAUUGCCAAUAAAAUGCUUAGUCAUAAAGUACAUGGUUGGCCAGAGGUUCCCUAUCCCCUGAAAAUAAGCAGGUGCUACCUUUGGGGAUAUUUAUUUGAAAUAUUAAUACUUCGGUACUCAAUUAUCAAUGUUCAGUGGUAUAUAUUUUUACCUUUGGGAUUAGUAGGGGCCCAAGGAGGGAAGAACAGUCUGUAAUUACUACCUCUUAACCUAAAGCAAUUGUUUUGUUCUUGGAGCAAGUGAAAUCUUUGUUGGAGGGAAUGUUCAUGGUUUAUUUAUUUAAUUUUUUUAGCAAUGUUUCUGUACUACAAAAGUACUGAUUCUAAGCACAGAUUCAGGAGGAUGGGCCAGUAGAAUAAAGCAUCUCCAGGAAGUUGGGUCUUGACUUCCCUCCUCCCACAGUAGCAGGCCUCUUUCCCAACAAAUACACAUCUUGCCUGUUUUGUUUUUUGCCAUGUUUACCUUUUCUUGGUAUAUAUAAGCAAUAAAGCUG